UUGAUUAAAACUCGCCACGAAAAUAUCGUGCACGACCUGUUUCUGUUACGUGGAGUUGAAUAAUUUUCAUUUAAGUUGUGCUGAUUUGGCAAGCAGUACUAGUGUAAUAAAUAGUGAGUUACUGAUUUGGAUCAAACCAUAACUAAAAGAAGUAGGUAACACCCAAAACAUUGUGGAAGUCACACCACAAAACCCCCAAUUCUCCCAAGAACAAUUGUAGAUGCAUUACAGUUAGAACCCAAUGUGUUGGACCUUAUAAUUUAAAUAAAGGGAGUGUUCUAUUAUUGACCCAACAUGAAUUUCAAAUCACUAAGUCCCCAUCUAUCGUCCGAUUAUAGCGAACGCAUACCAACUAGUCAGAUUUCUCUAUUACCGACAAUGAGUUUACACUCCAUAACAGAGUAUCUGGAUGAUCUUAAAAUGUCAAGGCGAAGGGGACGGGACUAUGACCAUGUAGAUUACACAAAGCUGGCACCAACUGAUAAGGACAAUGGAUUUGUUGAUGCACAGUUUGUGACACCCACGCAAAAAGUACCAUGGAAGGCAAUAUGUUUGGCUACAUUGCUGCUCGUAGUAGGCACAUUUUUACUAAUUUUUGGGUCACUGGUGGUCAGUGGCCACAUCAUACUUAACUACUCCGACAGAAUGUGGCCCAUGAUUAUUUUGGGCUUGCUUAUGUUCAUUCCGGGGGCGUAUCAUGUUCGCAUUGCGUAUUAUGCCUAUAAACAAGUGCCUGGAUAUUCUUUUGAUGAUAUUCCAGAGUUUGACUAGUUUGGAGUAACUAUGUUAGCCAUUUUUAAUAAAAUACAGUAUUAUAUUUUUCAUAGACAAAGUACCUGAAUUAGAAUGUGUUAAGUUUUGUAGACUUCUUAUGUAGUGUUUUGUGGUAGUCCAUGUAAACAAACACUACAGACUGUUUCAGUGGUGCCUUUCUCUAAGUCUACUGUUUAAAUAGGUAAAUUUAGUUGAAGUUUCCAUUGCUUAGAUUUAUGGGUAAAUGGAAAAAUUUAAAACAAAUCCUUAGUAGGUUUAAAUAUAUUUAUUAUGUACCUAAUUUAAAUAAACUAUUUGGAAGCAACAA